ACCCGUCGAACAUGCGGCACAUGCCAAAGCAGACAAAGGUCCUCCAAAGUUGUUUUUAAUCUCAUUCGCAGUCCUCCCCUUGACCCCUUUGCCUGAUAUUUGGCCCUGUUCGAAUCGCUCUAGUGAGCUUGCCCUCCAAGCGCCGCUGGCCGAGCUGCGCCUACGGGUACUCGGCUUUCAGUUUUGGGUCCAACACUCUCACAAGCUGCCCUACCUCUCCGAGAACUGCCUGCAGGGUGCUCUACCUCUACGAGAAUCGCCUCCAGGAGUGCAGGGCCAGGUCCUGACGUGCAGUGUGGUUGCUAUCGUCCUCUCACAACCACCUCGGUCCUCACCGACGAGAUCACCUGCCCGUUUAUUGACGGAAGAGGAGAUUGUCACUGACAAGGAAGGCAGAGGCAUUAGCCACACCCGGAAGUAGCUAGUACGUAGUGCAUAGCAUAGCAUGCAAAACGUUGCCACACCCCCAUAAACGCAGGUCAGCCGAAAGCCAGCAAACCAGGUUGACCUCACGACAUCAACAUGGCCACACACGGCUAAUUAAUUACCUAGUUUGGAUCAAACCAUCCAAUUAGCAUACGUAGAUCGAUCUGUUACACCGUGGACAGUGGACUCGUACGCGUGCAAAUCUCUCUCGGGUCCCCCACGCAUCUCGAAACCCUACCUUUUCUUGCACGCACAGAAUGUGACGCACACGUACACGAUUACGUCCACUUGUUACUUUGUUAGUCAUGAAACAAUGCUAAAGAAAUCACAGUCCACUGUCACUUAAAAAUCAAAAUUACCUUAAUUUUCCAAAGGCUGAUUAAUUAGUUGGCAUCCAAUUAGACUUCCCUCGAGAUCUUACCCACAUCACCAGGCCGGCCCCACGUUUUCAGCCACUCGCGCUGUGCCACGUGUCACACACACGCCGGCCGCCGGUCCGAGUCCAAACAUUGGUUAGCGGCAGCCAGACGGCAAUUAGGCAGGGCGCGGGCGCUUUCCGGUCCUUUAAAACCGCAUGCUGUGCAACAAAUGUUGCCGUCAGCAAGCCCCUUCGAUUUGACCUCGAGCUCCAGCUAUCCCCAUGCACAUGCAGCACCACGCUCUCAUGGCGGCCAUGCCAACCUCGGCUCUUGCGUCCGCAUUUCUCCUCUUCCUCUUCCAUGGUGCAAGCAGGACUCUUCUUGCGGGCGCGUCGUCAUCGGAGGCCGACCGCUCCGCGCUUUUAGCCUUCAAGUCCGGCGUGUCCGGCGACCCCAAGGGAGCGCUCGCCAGCUGGGGCGCCUCGCCUGACAUGUGCAGCUGGGCCGGGGUCACUUGCUCCGGCACCGUGGCGGCGGCGGCGCCGCGUGUCGUGAAAUUAGUACUAACAGACCUGGAGCUCUCCGGCGAGAUCUCCCCCGCUCUUGGCAACCUCUCCCACCUCAGGACACUCGACCUCUCCAGCAACCUCUUCGCCGGGAGAAUCCCGCCGGAGCUCGGGAGCCUCUCUCGGCUCAAGCGGCUGAGCCUCAGCUUCAACCAGUUUCAGGGUUCGAUCCCAGUGGAGCUCGCGUGGGUUCCAAACUUGGAGUACCUCAACCUCGGCGGGAACAACCUCUCCGGCCACAUCCCGGCGUCCGUCUUCUGCAAUGGCUCCGCCUUGCGGUACAUUGGCCUCUACUCCAACUCCCUCGGUGGCGAGAUCCCGUCCUGCCCGCUCCCCAACUUAACGUACCUCGUCUUGUGGUCCAACAACCUCGUUGGCGGGAUCCCCCGCUCGCUGUCCAACUCGACGAAGCUCCGGUGGCUGCUGCUGCAUUCCAACAUCCUCACCGGUGAGCUGCCGUCGUCCCACAUGUUCCGCGGCAUGGGGAGCCUCAAGUACCUCCACCUGUCGUUCAACUACCUCAAGAGCUCAAACAAUAAUUCGGACCUCGAGCCUUUCUUCUCGUCGCUGACCAACUGCACCGGCCUUGAGGAGCUCGGCAUCGCCGGGAACGACCUCGCUGGCACGAUUCCGCCGGUCGUCGGCCGCCUCUCCCCGGGACUCACGCAGUUGUACCUCGAGUUCAACAACAUCUCUGGAUCCAUUCCAACGGGCCUCCUCGGUCUCGCCAACCUCAGCAUACUAAAUAUCUCCCACAACCACCUCAGCGGCCCCAUCCCGCCGGGCAUCGGUGGGAUGCAGCGGCUCGAGCAAUUGCAUCUCUCGGACAACCUGCUCUCUGGCAACAUCCCGCCGUCGAUCGGCACGAUCCCAAGUCUCGGGCUCGUCGACUUGUCGCAGAACCAGCUCAUCGGCGCGAUCCCAGGCACGUUCGGCGGCCUCAAGCAGCUGCUUGUGCUCGCACUGCAUAACAACCAGCUCGCCGGCGCCAUUCCUGCGAGCCUUGUUCAAUGCGUGAACCUGCAAAAGCUCGACCUCUCCCACAACAUGUUGCGAGGCAAGAUUCCGAGCGGAUUGUUGUCCGGAGGGUUAAGAGGCUUGGUGUAUGUGAACCUCUCAUGCAACCUCCUGGAAGGCCCGAUCCCGGCAACCAUCGGCGAGAUGGCGGCGCUGCAAGCACUCAACCUUUCAUCCAACCGGCUCUUCGGCUCGAUCCCCCCGGAGCUCGGUGGCUGCAUCGCGCUCGAAUACCUCGACCUGUCAGGCAACACGCUGGAAGGUGUCUUGCCGGAGACUGUUGGGAGGUUGUCGGCUUUGCAAGUCCUUGACGUGUCCCGUAAUUUCCUCACCGGCUCGUUGCCUCUGUCCUUGGUGCACCUGCCAAAGCUGCGGCGUGUCAACUUCUCCUACAACGGCUUCUCUGGCGAGGUCCCAAGCGGUGGCGCCUACGCUUGGUCCCCGGCGGAUGCAUUCCUCGGCAACACCGGGCUGUGCUUCACGGGGAUGAUGACGAUGCCCGGCUUGCCUCAUUGCGGCGGGCGUAACCGGCGGGCGGUGUUGCCCGUGGUCGUCACGGUGUUGUGCUUCACGUUGGCUAUCCUCGGGAUCACCGCAUGCAGUGCCAUGGCAGCCGGGACAACGAUUCUGAGAGGAGGGGACGGGCGGCGGUCGACGACGACCCUGCUCUCUUACAGCGGCUACAGUGAAGAGCCGAGAGAUCACCCGAGGAUCUCGCACCGGGAGCUCUCGGAGGCGACGGGGGGAUUCGAGCAGUCGAGCCUGAUCGGGGCGGGGCGGUUCGGGCGGGUGUACGAGGGCACACUCCGUGACGGCACACGGGUCGCCGUCAAGGUGUUGCUGGACCCAAAGAACGGAGGUAGCGGUGACGUGUCCCGAAGCUUCAAGCGGGAGUGCCAGGUGCUGCGCCGGACGCGGCACCGGAACCUGGUGCGCGUGAUCACCACAUGCAGCGCGCCGCCGGACUUCCACGCACUCGUACUCCCGCUCAUGCGCAACGGCAGCCUCGAGAGCCGCCUCUACCCGCACGACGGGCGCCUGGUCCGUGGCCUGAGCCUAGCCCGGCUCAUGAGCGUUGCGAGCGACGUCGCCGAGGGGAUGGCAUACCUGCAUCACUACGCGCCCAUCCGCGUCGUGCAUUGCGACCUCAAGCCCAGCAACGUGCUCCUCGACGACGAAAUGACAGCCGUCGUGGCCGACUUCGGCAUCGCCAAGUUGCUCAAGGAAGACAACGACAACGACGAGUUCACUGGCUCUGAUGCUGAUCCGUGCAACUCCAUUACCGGACUGUUACAAGGCUCUGUCGGCUACAUGGCACCAGAGUACGGAUUGGGAGGCCGCCCUUCGACACAAGGCGACGUCUACAGCUUUGGCGUGAUGCUGCUGGAGUUGAUCACGGGGAAGCGCCCGACGGAUGUGAUCUUCCACGAGGGGCUCACGCUGCACGAUUGGGUCAGCCGGCACCACCCACACGAGGACGCCGCCGUCGUCGCGCGGUCGACGUCGCUGACGGAGUCGCCUUCGGCGUUGCCGGCGGACGCCAUGGCCCAGCUGAUCGACCUCGGGCUCGCGUGCACACAACACUCGCCGCCGGUGCGGCCGACCAUGGUGGAAGUGUGCCGCGAGAUCACGCUCCUCACGGAAGACCUCGCCAAGCACCCGAUGGCGUCGGUAACGGCCAGCGAGGGGUCGUGCACCACCAUGUAUUCGUCUUUCUGACAUGAAGUUUCGAAUUCAAAGUGUAACAUUUGGUUUUGUAGCCUUUAGACGUACAUACAUGGUGUACGAUACACGAUGCUAGCAAUCAUGCAGUGAGCUACUCCUUCUGAUUCAUAAUAAAUGUUUAAGAUUUUGUAUUAACUUGGUAUAAAGUUGUACUAAAUGUAAAACACUUAUAUGGA